AUGGCUGCCCAGGCUGCCCCAGAGCUCGCAAAGCUCGACUUGAAUAGCAAGAGUGGCUCUGCUGAGGCAAAGGCAGCUUCCAAGGAAGAAUCUGAUAAAGACGACGCCGAGAAUGAAGGAGACUCUGACGAUGACAAAGAGGACGACCAGCCCGGUGCUUCGACCGAAGUAAACGCCGAAAAGAAAAAGAAAAAGAAGAAGCCGAAGAAGAAGAAGAAGGCUGCCAAAGCUCAGACUGAACCACCACGCAUUCCAUUGACUACUCUAUUCCCCAACAACACCUUCCCCGAAGGGCAGAUCGUGGAAUAUCUAAACGAAAAUUCCUACCGUACUACAAACGAAGAGAAGAGACACCUUGACCGCAUGAACAAUGACUUCCUCACCGAAUACCGUCAGGCGGCCGAAAUUCACCGUCAGGUCCGCCAAUAUGCGCAGAAGGAGCUGAUCAAGCCCGGUGCCACUUUGACCGAUAUUGCCGAGGGUAUUGAAGAUGGAGUUCGCCAUUUGACCGGCCACAUGGGCUUGGAAGAAGGAGACAGCUUGGUUGCCGGAAUGGGUUUCCCUACCGGGUUGAAUAUCAACCACUGUGCGGCCCAUUAUUCUCCCAAUGCUGGAAACAAGGUCGUUCUUCAGCACGGCGAUGUCAUGAAGGUGGACUUUGGUGUCCAUAUCAAUGGCAGAAUCGUCGACAGUGCUUUUACUGUUGCAUUUGACCCGGUUUUUGAUCCUCUGCUUACCGCCGUCAAGGAAGCAACCAACACCGGAAUCAAGGAAGCGGGAAUUGAUGUCCGCAUGAGUGAUAUCGGUGCAGCCAUUCAGGAAACGAUGGAGAGUUACGAACUCGAACUGAACGGCACGAGCUAUCCCAUCAAGGCGAUUCGCAACUUGAACGGCCACACAAUUGGCCAGUACGAAAUUCACGGUGGAGAAAACGGGAAGAGCGUCCCAAUCGUCAAGGGUGGUGACCAAACAAAGAUGGAAGAAGGUGAAACUUAUGCCAUCGAAACAUUUGGUAGCACCGGAAAGGGAUAUGUCAGGGAUGAUAUGGAAACAUCUCACUAUGCUAAAGUGCCCAAUGCCCCGAGUGUGCCUCUACGCUUGUCCUCCGCGAAAAACUUGUACAGCCUUAUCAACAAGAACUUCGGCACAUUGCCAUUUUGCCGUCGGUAUCUUGAUCGCCUUGGUCAGGAGAAAUAUCUUCUUGGGUUGAACAACCUAGUCUCUUCCGGACUUGUCGAUGCAUACCCUCCGCUCUGUGACGUGAAGGGGUCCUAUACAGCCCAGUUUGAGCAUACAAUCUUGCUACGACCAAACGUAAAAGAGGUCAUUAGCCGAGGUGAUGACUACUGA